CCACUUACCUGUCCCUCAGUCCCGCAGUGUGUCUCCUGCAGCCCGUUUCACCGGCCAUCCUGUAUUCCAGGAGGCCGUCAUCUUCAGUGUGUGCACCUGGCUGUGAUAGCUUGCGGCUUCACAGCUGGGUACCCACUGUGCAUGCGCUUCAUGAAUGGUCCUGUAGUCUUCUGGGGCCUGUCACAUUUCCCAAAAGACUACAGCGAGGGAGGGAGGAUACCUUCCAAUCACCUAGGCCAGGGGCAAUCGGAAGUGGGAGCGGGUACCUGUCAAAUUCUGGUACCCGCUCCCCCCUGCCCCCCAAAGGUGCCAAUCCUUAAUGGGGAGCAGUCCUUAAAGCAGAACUUCCCCUUUUGGGUGGAGCUCCGCUUU